CAGUUUGUUAUUCGGCUUGGAUCUGUGUGAGAUGUAAGCGAAGGGGUUGUUGGAAGUGCGCUCUUUCUUACGUCAGUUAUUCAUGUUUGAGAAUUAAAAAGCCUCGUGUUUUGCCAAACAAUUACCGACUACGUGAUUAUGUGACUUUUUAGGCUAGUUUCUAAGCGGUGACACACUUUUUAUAUGAAGAACAUAUUGGUGUGAGUGUUAAGUGAAGGAACUGUCUAACCUUGAAACUUGUUUAUGUUUGUUUGGUACUAAUGAGUGGUGAUCUUGUGGGGAUGUAGACGUGCAUUUCGGUAUUUUAAGAAUCUUACAAAAGGGUCUUGAUGAGGACUCUAUCGGAGACGGACAGGAACACCAUACCGAGGGGGUGGGUGAGACAGGCCGUUAUGGGGGUGCUCAGGUGGAAGGACGUACCGCCACCGCCACCACCUGCCAGGACAGACACUUUACAUAAAGGCAUCAUGUUACAGCCACCUCCCGCCUCAAGACAACAAAGUCAAACAUCAGAAGCAAAAGAUGACCGGUUAUCGACUAACAACAACAUCAAAGUAUCCCCAAUACCAACACCUGCAUUGCAAACACCUCCCGCAUCUCCACAACAACCUACGCAGUCAAAGAGGCUACUCCAAGAGAUUCUUUCUCGGCCGAGACCUUACCCCAUGAUCGCUGUACCUCCUAAAGGCUACUGGGUCGAUGGAACGGAUCACGAAGAGCAGUUUGAUCACAGAGGAAUGCCAAUCAUUCCGCAUCCCAAUUGGAGGGCAAAAAUUGAGACGGACGAUACGGCGAAGUGUUACCGAAGGUUUUUCGUUGGAAGGGAACACUCUUCUCUUAUCGGCAACGACGAGAUCCAUGGCCCAGUACUUCUUUCGAUCAAAACCGAAAACGUAGCGAACCAGGAACAUACCCGGAUCCUCUUGAGGUUGCGUACCGGCACCAUGCAUGAAAUAGUACCAUCUUCGUGUCUAGGUUCCAGUCCCUCGCCUGCCAAAAUGGCUAAGCUUCUCAACGAGCAAUUGAACGUUGAAAACUUCGUACCUGUUCUUCACCCCAAAUCCUCUCAACUCAUAGCCAACUAUGACGAGCACGUUCUAGUGACGAAUUUCAAGUUCGGAGUGCUGUAUCAGCAGUUUGGCCAAACUGACGAGGAGGAAUUAUUCUGUAAUAGUGUUACCACGCCAGCGUUUGAUGAUUUUUUGUCGUUGUUGGGACAACGAAUACAACUCAAAGAUCACAAAGGUUACCGAGGUGGUCUGGACAUUCAAAAUGGCCACACGGGAGACACGGCUGUUUAUGACGUAUUUAAAGAAAGGGAGAUAAUGUUUCACGUUUCGACACUGUUACCUUUUACCGAAAAUGACCCCCAGCAAUUGCAAAGAAAAAGACAUAUCGGCAAUGAUAUUGUGGCGAUAGUUUUCCAAGAGGACAACACACCUUUCACUCCUGACAUGAUCGCUUCGCAUUUUUUGCAUACGUUCAUAGUAGUUCAAGUGAUUGCCCCCAACUCCUCUAAUACUAGAUACAAAGUCAGCGUAACAGCCCGCGACGAUGUUCCGUUCUUCGGGCCAACUCUCCCAACUCCUGCCAUCUUUAAGCACGGACCAGAGUUCAAAGAGUUUCUCCUAACCAAAUUAAUAAAUGCGGAAAACGCUUGUUACAAAGCUGAUAAAUUUGCUAAACUGGAGCUGCGCACCCGCACUUCCCUCCUCCAGACACUUACUGAAGAGUUGAAGCAAAAAACCACCGAGUUUUUAGGUGGCAACGCCAAUUUGACUCCUGGGACUCCCAAGAGCGACUCCGGCCCUGGAUCGAGGUUCAUCGAUACCGUGAAGAAAGCAUGGAGCGCUAGGGUGAAGACCAGUCAGAGCGUAGAUAACAACUUGAGUACCAAUGGGCAUGAAAAAUUGUCCAAAAAGGGUUCUCAGCCUACCAUUUCAGAGUCGACACCAUCGAGCGGCCGGUCCAUUUCAAAGACAUCGAUGAACUCCAACGGCAAGAAGAGUAGUAGCCCGACGUCAUCAACAACCUCCUCACCGGACCUGACGGCGCACGCACACGCUAGACCAGCCUUGUCCGUAGCCAGUGACGACUCAUCGCUCACCAGCGAAGAUUUGGAACAUCUGGCUGGAGGAUACAUUGACAGCGAUACUGGUCUUGAAAGUAUGUCAAGUGCAGAAACAGCUGCAAAAGCUUGUAGUGUAUGCCAAGACAGACCUGGAAGCACGGCUGGACCUACCGCUGAAACUCUUAUGCAAGAGGUAGUGCAGUUGAAAUGCGACAAGUUGGAUUUGUUAAGACAGAAUGUGAGUUGUCAGAGGGAUCUAAAAAGAUUGCGUGAAAAGGAAUUAGGUCUUCAAGGAGACCUAGCCCAGGCUACCAAGGAAAUUUUAAGGCUACGGGAACUACUGAAGGAUUACAGCCCCAAUGGCGACAGAUCUCCAAUGUAAAUGUUAUUAUUUCAGUUCUUAUAGCCUCAAAACUUACUGUAAACUCUUCUAGAAGCCAUUUUCUUUUCCUUAAUAUUAUUUGUUCAGUUUUCCGUUUUCUUUAGAGUUUAUAUAGACUGUCUCACUUUCCGAAUUCCACAAUAUACAAACUUAAAACACUCUGUUUAGUUUAUAUUUUCUACAGAAUAUAAUCUAAGUCUAGAGACAUAGAUGUCUAAGUGUCAAUUAGAUGUCCGCACACUCUAUACACAGUUGUCUCACUUUAAGCAAUCAGUGCUAGUCCUUUUAAAAUAAAUAAUUCUGUGUUAUAUUUUUGAAAUAUUCUAAAAAUAAAAAUAAUUUCCAAAUAUCACUUUGAAAAAACGAAUCCUUAUUUAUUGCAAAAGGCGCAUUUUAUAUUGUAUCAAAAAAUAAACAGUUCAUUAUAAAGGUAAAAAAAUAUCUACUAAUACUACUUGUAGUAUAGGGCUUUUCAUCGACUCUCAUUUGUUUCGAGCUUCUGUCAUAUGUUGUAUAAUCUGUAUAUACGAAUAUUAUAUACAGACUAUACAACAUAUGACAGAAGCUCGAAACAAACGAGAGUAGAUGAAAAGACUUUUCAUUCACAGUCAUUUGUUUCGAGCUUCUGUCAUAUUUCGUGUAAUCCGUGCAUAUUAAUAUUAUACAACAUAUGACAGAAGUUCGAAACCAAUGACAAUCGAUGAAAAGCCCUAUUAAACACAGUUUAAUGAUAACGAAUCAGUUAAUUCACUCUCGUAUUUUGACAGUUCCAAUUUUGCAAUCCACUCUUAAGACAAAAUUUUAAAUGCGCGACGAUAACGACCAAUCAUUAUAGUUCGUCCGCUAUAACUUUUCCCAUGCGUCACGAUUUAAUUUCAAACAAAUUAAGUCAAAACAUAGAGUGAAACGUACGCUGAUGUGUGUAGUAUAUUACAGUACCUACACAAAACAGUAUAUACAGUAUACAAAAUGUAUAUACACAUCGUCGUUCGUUUCACUUUAUGUUAAUUUGUUUGAAAAUGAAUCGUGACGCAUGGGAAAGUUAUAGCGGACGAACGAUAACUGUCAUUCAUCUGCGCAAAGGACUAAAAUUGUUGAUGCGCCGUCACCAAAGUGGAACAUAGAUAACAAAGGAUUUUCGCGGAGUGACCCUAUCGCUUCUUCAGCAUUAAGGCGGGUUGACAUAACUAGUGACUAACGAACGUGGCUCACGCUUACGUAUUUUGCCCGUGCUAUUGUUAAAUAUUUUAUUAUCUAUUUUCAAACUCAAGCAUUACAUUUGUAUUUAUGCAAUGCAUAGAUACAAAUAUACUGCUUGAGUUUGAAAAUAGAUAAUAGAAUAUCUAACAAUAGCACGGGCAAAAUACGUAAGCGUGAGCCAUGUUCGUUAUUCACUAGUAAUGUCAACCCGCCUUUAUACUGUGGUAUUAAUAAUAAAUCCACGCCUGCGUUAAUUUGUGUUAUACAUCAUUUGAUUUAAUAUUGAUAUUUUAUAUCUGUGCCUCUAAUACUUCUAGUUGGCUAGGACUAUGGUUUAACAAAAACUUUCGUAUUUACAUACAUUUUCAAUACUUUUUUUAUAACGUAUUUGCAACUCUAGAUUAUUCCUAAUAAAGUGAGACUGACUGUCAUAAAAAAAUAACAAUAAUAUAUUCACAUCACAUAAAGAUUCAUAUUUCCGUUAAUACAACAAUUUCUUUUUGUUUUGUGAUAUUUUUAUACAUUUAUGAACUUGUAUUACUUUUUCUUUUGAGGAUUUUUAUUUUUAGUUUUUAAAUAAUUUAUUUGAUGUACAAUUAUUAUGUAUAUUAUUAUGAAAAUACAAAGUUUACCAGCUACCCUAGGCGAGUAAGGUUGGUAGUUCCCAUGUUGGAUUUUUCUGGAGUGAAAAUGUUUGAAAAUAUAAAUAUGCCAAGUAAAGUUGUAUUGUUUUGAGUCUUCAGAGAUACUUCAGGGGUUUAUAUUCGGCACAUUACUCGUAUAUUUUCAAUAUUUUAGUUUAAGAAGCCCUCUAUGUUCCAUGAUAAUGAAUAUUAUCAAAUACGCUUGCAUUUUUCAUUAACAUAUCUUUUCAUUUUCAUAUUCAGCAGAUAUCGUAACUGCCUUUUCAACGCAUUAAAGAUUGAUUGAUUUGUUAUUACUUUGUUGUAACGUAUCUUCCGAUGCAGAUUAUUGUACUACGUUCACUCCCAAGCUAAGCUCAAGUUCGCAGUUUCACACGCCUGAUCGUUAGGUGUGUCGUUCCGUCUCCGCUUGUCAUUGGUUAAAAAUUAAUUUCUAACCAAUGACGACCUGUGACAACACGAUACACCCACUGAUCAUGUGUAUGAAACUAUGACCUCGAGCUUGUCUUUGGAUUGAACAAACUAUAGGUAUGUUCCAGGUUGAUGUUGCAGGAUGACAUCUUGCUGUCCUUAUUGUCACUACGUAUACACUGGUACGUUUUUGUCCAUUCUUCUUAGUUGUGUUGUGCCCGCUACACAUAUGUUUCCUGUUUUACAAUCAAAUCUUCAUGGGUCUUGUACUACUGCGAUACGACUUGCCUCUUACUCUCUCUACUUUUCGAUCCUUUGGUUUACGAAUAUGGCGUCGAAAAGAUAAUAACGCGCUUUUUCUUGUUUUCUUUUAUUAUUAUCUUGUUGCUCUCCCAGUGAUUCGACACACUUUUGUGUGAUAAAUUUUGGAGUGACAUGCAAAUGUUUUCGUGAAGUUUCAAGCGUGACUUUAAAGUUUAUGACAUUAUGAGUGACAUGUUACAUUUCGAAUAUCAUGUUUCAAAACAAUUAACAACAUUUACUUGGUCAGUUAAUGCCUGUGAAAGAAGACUCUGUUUAUUUAGUAAAAUUUAAACAAAUUCCAACCCAUUACAGAGUGAAACCUGUCUCCUAGGGUAAUCAUAAUUAUACCAAAGUUAACAUUCCCCAAAAAUUCUGUUUCAGAAAAAUUAUUUACUAGGUGUAUAUAACAAAGUAUUUAUUAGAUAUUAAGUUUUUUGUAUUUAGAAAAGAGAAUAACGAGAAAAACCUAGUUUGUGCAUAUAUUGUUAUAGAUUCUUUAUUUUUACUUUGUUCUUGCGUUUUUUAAGUUUGUACAACGGGAUUACUUCAUUUCACUGAUAUUUGUAUUGUUUCGUAUAUUCUUUAAAGGGAACGGAGCAAAAUGCAAAAUUUUGAUGCAUGUCAAGAUUUUCAAUGUGUUUUAAAUGUAUUCAUUUUUUUCGAAUCCGGAGAAAACUAAUAAAUAUUUUUGAAGAAUUUAAAAGCAGAAUGAAAGAUUACAUUAUUACCGACUCCCGAAAGUCCCUGAAAACUUCUAUAAUGUUUAUUUUAAUAAGGUACACGGGUGAAAAUAAAAGAGAAAAUUUAGUGUGAUUUGUAUUUGCAAAUAUUUCAUUCAAAAGAAACUUUUUAUUUAUUCUAAGGGCCUUUCGGCCCUCGGUAAUAAAGUAGUCUUCCAUUCUGCGUUUAAAUUUUUCAAAAAUACUGAUUAGUUUUCUCAGGAUUCGAAAAAAAUUAAUACAUUUAAAACAUAUUGAAAAUUUUGACAGGCGUCAAAAUGUUGAAUUUUGCGCCUUUUCCCUUAAUCUUAACGUAUUGCCAAAUACUAUUGACUGUAAUACAUCCAACUCCCACAGAAAUGUGCAAGCACGUUGCCACUAGCGCCACUGUUGGCUUGAGUUGAACUAAGUUUUGACAACGUAAAAUUUGACGUAAACAUUCAAAUUUAAUUUUAAAAAUUUUUGAAUAACAAACUAAGUUUGCUAAAUUGAAUUAAAAUAAAAAUAGUUCAAACACUUAUACAAAAACAAUAAUAAAGCAAUUUUAUAAAUGUAAGGUUAGAUUGCUCUGGUUAUCCUACUCAUACCGCUAGGUGGCGCUAUUUUUUUGCUUCCUCAAAAUUAAUGGGAAAUGUCAAGAGUUGUAUGUAUUACAGUCUAUAGUAUUUGGUAUUGCUUAUUUGUUAUGCUACUUUAUUUAACAUACUUCUCGAAAAGUUCAUCUUUUAAAUAAAUCAAUUUUAGAAAAGUUGUAUACAUACUUAAUAACAGAGGUAUACAGUAUAUUCUAUGAAUAUUCAACUGUUUUGGAUUAUCGCGACAACCAAUAUUUUACUGUGCGACAUAAGAAGUACGAAAGUAAAUUGCUUUAAUAAUUAUUAGACAUAUUAGACAUUUACUUUUGUACUUUUUAUGUUGCACAGUAAAAUAUUCGUUGUCGCGAUAAUCCAAAACAGUCGUAUAUUCAUGGAAUAUACUAUACACAAAACCAAUGUUGACAAAACAAAUAAAUAUAUUUCUCUGUAUAUGUUACAGGUUUUAGACAAAACAAAAACUGAAGGAUUUAUUUUUUUAUUGAUAUUUUGAUCUGAUAGUCUCAGAGAGUUUAUGAACUUCUUGUCAACAUAAAUAUUGUAGUAUAAGUGAUGCAUCUGAGAUCAUCACUACAAUAAAAACAAAGAUGUGUAUAUCAAAUGAUUUCGUAUUUUUUUACUGUUUGGCUUUCCAGUAUUGUAAAUUAAGAAUAUCAGCGAAAUGAAGGAAACUCAACUGCAAUAUGUAUUACUAAUGUUAGAAUGAAUGUAUCUUGUAGGUUGUGUACAUACAGUUUCACACUCGCUUUCUAUUUACCAGUUCGUCUUAGAGAAAAAUGUUUUGUUAACUAAAAAACAUUUAUGAAAAUGUGUGUUGUGUCUGUAAAUUCAGACUUAGAAUUUUAUUAUACCUGCUAGAAUUUUCAGAUGUUAAAAGUACGGGACGUUUUGCAGUUGCACAAUAUACCAAUAUUUGGUUGAAUGUGACUAUUUUGAUUAUCAAUCUUUAAACAAAAAUGAUUAUAAAUAUAUUAAAAAUGUCGUUUGUCUAUUAUAAUUUCCAAUGCUUUUUACUAACUGUCAUACUUCGACUUCUGCUCUCUUUUUAUUUUCAGACGGAUUAAUUACAAAGAUUUUUUAUUUGUGUGUAUUUUUUUGUGCGCAUGCUUCAGUAUCAGCUAUUGUUUUUUUGUGAACAAGCAUGUUAAGGUAAUCUCUUUCUCAUAGACACUUUUCAGUGCGUCACAGUUUUUCGAUUUCUUUCUAACGCAUUAAGUUGGAAGUGACAGAAAAAAACGUAUUUCCGUGAUUACAGUCAUUUCUAACAUUUAUUCUAGCUGUUGAUAGAUGGUGCUAUAAUCGAACAAACAAUGAUUUACGAAUUAUAUAUACGACUAUAAUCUGUAUAAUUUAUAAAACUAUACAAAUCAAAGAAAAUACCAUUUUAUAAAUGCAAUAAACACAAUUGAUUUGUUUUUAUACUAAAUUGCAAAUAAAAGGGUUAUACCAUGAUACUAUAAAUAACGAGACAGUAUCUUCCCGUAGCUCAAAUACAUCCGAGUUCGCGCAUGAUGACGUAACUGGUGACCGGAAGUUGUAUUUGAAUUCUUGUUAAAAUUAACUGGGAUUUGUAUGCAUUAUGUGAUGAAAUUAUUCAAUUAGCAACAUAACAUUAAACUUCAAUGUAUUCGAAAAAAAUGUAAUGUAGAGAUUCCUGUCAAAAUAACUGACAUAAAUAAAAUAUAAAAUACACUUAGCUUACAACCGAGAACAAUUCAAACUAAUCGGACAUUACGAAUGAUUACGAACCAUUACGAAGUUGCUGGUCUCCAGUUACGUCACGACUUCAGGAUGUGCAAUAUAUUAUCUUGUUAUUUAUAGCAUCAUGGGUUAUACUGCAAUACCUUUUUCAUAUUUGGCUGAUUACUAUUCUGACAACUGUCACUGUUAGAUUUAACUAAAAUGUCAUGUUAUAAAUGUGUAUUAUCACGGACUUACCUUUUUUUCUCUCACUUGUGACACACUGAAAAUUGCCUAUCAAAAGGACCAUACCUGUGAACACAUAAUUAGUAAAGAAAGUAUAGUUCUUGAAAAAAAAAAAGAAAUACGAUAGAGAUAAUACUGCGUUCCAAGCCAUUGUUCAUCAAAAGAGCACGAACCAAUUAAAUUACCGCUGUUUCAACAUGGAGGCUGCGCUUGUGCUCGUCGCAUGAUGAAUAGGCCUAUUUUCGCACUGCGAUUCCGUAUUGUCGGGAUAACAGUUAGUGCAGAUAAUUAUGAAGUCACGUAAAUACUAAAUACAAGGUUAUUACAUCAUACAAUAACGAGAAAUAAUGAGAAACUUGUAUUAUUACAUUUAAAUACAAAAUAUACUGCUACUUCGCAAAAUACUAGACUUCAGAGAAAGAAACGGAGAACUGUUGGAAUGUUGUAAAAAAAGACAAACCAGGCAAUUGGAUGGAAUAUCUUUACCUGGUAGCACAUUCAUAAGUUGAAGGAUUCAGGUCUGAUUUAACAAAACUCAAACUAUGAAAAAUACAGCAUAGUGAAAAACAUAGUUUCUUUAUUUGCUGGACCAAUCUACAGAUACCUAUUUGUACUUUCUUCUGAAUAUCUGUUGAUGCCACUAAUACCGUGUUGUCCUUAAUGAUGUUUUAAAUGCAUAUUUGGUAAAAACACAAUGACACGAUCAUCGAUACACAUCACUAGCGAAAAGUUUCACAAUAUUAAAUAAUAACCUACUAUAUUACCGUUCAUCGGUGAUAUGAUUUUGAUUAUGAUAUUCUACCGACAUAAUGCAGAUCUCUCGAAAAAACAUGCCAACUUAUGCAUCCAAAGAAAUUGUUUCAACAUAAUCUACUCUGUUAUUGAUACAUUCAUCCAGCGGUGUUCCGAUGCCGCUAUCCUCUCUCUGUUGUGUUCUUCUGAAAGUGCUACAAAGUACUUAUCUGCAGCAACACAUGUUGCAGAUCGCUCAGUUUCUUAAUUGCCAAAACAGUUUCGGGGGCAGGUACAUUGUCAUGAUAAACAAGAUUUUUUUAUGUCAGAUUUAUUUUCACAAAUACCUGUGUUCAGAAGUUGAGAGUAUAUUGUCCAGUUAUAGUUGUGCCCAGCUCAAGAUAGACAUUUAGCAAAAUUCCUUUUAUAUGGCAAAACUUAUAGAUAAUUUUCGAUAUAAAUGCAGUUUUUAGUCUUAGCACUUUCACAGUUACAUUUAAACUUGGCGCCCAUUCUUUUAUGGUAGAAAUUUAAUCGUUCAUACAUAUUUACAAACCACAAAUGAAGAUCAAUCGGUGUUAAAACUACUUUUUUGCGAAAAUUUUUAUUUAUUCCAUUUUCAACACCAUGAACAGUGAACAGCCUAACAGCUUUAAACGACUGCCUACAAGCAACUGCUGCCUGGAAUGAGUUGCAGUUUUCAUUGCGUUUUUCUUAAACUUAAUUCGCUUAACGCUUCUUUAUUACCUGAAAUCGUAAGAGUACCUACUUAAUCUGUGAAACCUCCAUGUUCAUUACUAAUAAUAUAACUAAACAUUUAUGUUAGCGUGUGUCAAUAUUUUGUUUUCCGAAGAAAUGUCCUUGCAUAACGAAAGAAAUAUCUGAAAAUUCGGGCAAAAAUACUAACAAAUAUUUUUGAGAUAUCGAGUAUUCUUUAAAAUAUAAAACAAAACGAACUUCAACGACUAUUCAAGAACUAAUUUAACCUGUAGAAGCUUCUGAUAUUUCCAUUUAAGAAUGUACACCGUAGAUUACGAUUAAUCAUGAAUUUUCUGUUCUGUAUACAUUGAUUUUGUAUUACUUGGAAGUUUGUAAGGAUGUAAUAGUUUAUCUAUAGGUGUUAUAGAUUUAAAAAUAUAAGAUUGGGAUAUCCAAUUACUGCAUAAAAUAUAAUUACCAUUUGUCGAUUUUUAUAAUUUCUCUAAAUCCCUUUUUAUUUCGGUUCAACUAAACUAACACCUAUGCAUUGAUAUAUUUAUUUUUAAAACCUAAAUAAACUGAUUUUGUUUACGCUGAGCAAGAACUUUUAUCUGAACUUGAAUAGUUGAACAGUUUUGUAAUUAAAAUUAACUUUUUUAUUUAGAAGAAUGCUUCUAUUAUUACUUAAGAUUGCAAUAAACAUAAGUGUUCUUUUGUACAAGUUAUUUAACUGUUUUUAUGUACCUUGAUUUUUGUCUUAAUGGCGAUACUUUUGCUGCAUCAAAACCUAAUAAAUAUGUAUGUCAUAA